CCAAGCGCACUAUUACGCUCUUACUCCGGGGCAUUACUACACUCCGGUGAACAAUUAUUUUCCAAGUGAACGGAACAGAUGUGACGAUUCCUCCCAAAUCACUCUUAAUAAUGAGUCAAUAGACCAGAGAAUAAAUUGAGAAAUAAUAAAAUUGAAGGGAAUAAUUAUUAAUUGUUGGUUUUAUAAAUUGAAAUUGUAGUUCCGAUGAGUGGUAAACAGGUUUUGUUGAAGUAAUAAUCAAUUGUUGGGAGUGAAAUGUGGAAAUUGAUGAUUGAAAAGUGUGAAACGAAGGGGAUUGUCAUAGAGAAGAAAUAUGGAUAAGGGAAUAGCGCUGGAUUGCACGGUGAGGAGUCAGGAGUCGAAUGUGUCGGAUGUGUCGAAGAACUCCGGGGGCACUGGGGACUCGAAGACCGAGAGCUGCAGGGAGUCGAAGCACUCGAAGGUGGUUUUGAUACCGAAUAAUUCCCCGCAGGAGAGGAGGAUCGCCGAGCGAGGGGAGGAUAAUGGGGAGAAACGAAAAUUCGAGGGGAAAGAUGAGGGGAAGAGGAGUGAUGGCAAUGUUAUGAUGCUGACGUCCUGCGGACAGUUGUUGCUCGGACUCGUCCUCGUGGUGUUCGGAGUCCUAGUGCUCGUCCACGGAGUCUCCCUCGGCUCGUCAGGUGCAGGCCUGUGGGCGGGAGCCGCUGCCCUAAUAGCCGGUGCACUGGGUCUCGUUGCAACUCUAGCUGACACAACAUCAAAGAAAUCCUCGCAUUCCAGUGGUUUCGCAACGGCUCAUCUCGCCUCGAGUCUUGUGGCCCUUGCUCUAUCCAACAUGUCCACAAUAACCGCGCUAACAGCAAUCGUCAGAGACCUAAGAUCCACACCUGACGAUGUACUACUUCUACCGAGCGAAGACGGAAAAUUCGUGGAGAUAGAGAGCGAUUGGGGGGGACUAUUGGCAAGUAUCGGCCUCCUGUUGAGUAGUUUGGUAGAGCUACUUCUCGCUGGAUAUACGUGUGUCACACUGACCCCUAAACUCUGCGGAUGUCUGAGUGAACAGAAGCACGAGAAUCAGUUGGAUAAUGAGGUGGAGAUCGAUGCCGUUGGGGGAGAGUUCGACGGUGAUACCGGGAAAUUGAAGACGCGGAAUAUGGUUCACCAGUGGGUUAUCGCUCAGACUCAUACACCUAAGACACCACCACCUCCACCGACCCCUUUUUACGUCGUCCAUCAGCCGAUGGUGCCUCUGCAUCCGAUGAUUCAGGCACCUUAUGGGGGUCCGCAUGGAAAAUACCCUGCCCAUUAUAUACCCACGUACGGCCCAGUGCCAAUCGUUCCUCAUUUGAUGGCAUCCCCAGGUCGACCGCCAAUGCAAAUGUAUCGUUCGCGAAGAACUCGCUAUCCACCUCUAGAGCACGAGGAAUCAUCAAUGGAUCAGCGACGCACUCGCGACGCAAAAAAUCAGUCGACAAAGCCGAUGACUUCGAUCGACGAGGAUGAAAACGUUGGUGAUUUGGCGCGCACCUACACCGGACUGGACAAAAAAAUAUCCGAGGAGUUUAUAUCGAUUUGCAUGGAUCCCGAGCGUAAAUCGAAGGCGUCCAGUCACCACGGGAGUGAGAUCGGAGGCUCGAGUGCAACAAAAAAUUUAUGAAAAAAAUACUCAUAAGAACACUCUGAUCUAUCACGUAUGAAA